AGAAGAGACACUGAUGGGGGAGAGAGGGGAGAAAGUUCCUCUGACUGGCAGAAGAGAGGAGAGUAGAGAGAAACUGAAGAGAAGAGAAGAAGAAUAAAGAGGAAGAGAGGAGAGGGAGGAGGCAGGAAGAGAGAAAAGAAGAGCAGAGAGAAAAAGUAUAAGAGGUAGUGGCUGCAAUGUUGUGGCACUAAGGUGGUGGUGGUGGUGGUGAAGGUGGCACGGUGCCCAGGCUCUAUAAUUCUACACGAGCUUGGCAGUGGAACGUGUUGAGUGCCGAGAGGUGGACACAGGUUCUGCGCUGGUGCUGCUGCUGGGGACACGAGGCCGAGGACAGGAACACAGAGACAGAGAACACGAGACUAGAAGAAAGGAAAGAAGGACGAGAAAACAGGAGGAAAAGUAAGGAGACGAGACCAGAGAGAACAAAAGCAGACGAGAUCACAAGAAAAGGAAGGAGAAAACCGAAAUUACAGGAAGAAAGAGCGAGGAAGAUGAAAUAACGAAGAAAAGGAAGAGGAAAUACAAAACAACAGGAAUUUAAGAAAGAUACACGAGAAGCGAGACUAGAGGGAGAGACCAAACAUGCCUCUGAAACACCAGCCCUCCAGCCUCCAGCAAGCCAGCAUGGUCUCAAUCGCUCGUAACUUCGACUACAUCUGCUACCACGUCAAGACCAGGGAGGAGAUGUGUGCCAUGAUCUAUGAUGAGAGCUACCUGAAGGUGCCGGGGCCCUUCCAAGAGCUGCCCGGUGCCGUACUGAGUGCGCUCCUGGACGUGCUGGUGACUGAUAUGCAGUGUCGUCGCCUGAGCCGCACACACUACCAUGCACUUAUACAGUCCCACCUGGAAGAAUUCAAGCUGGCUUCCUCAGACGGGGAGUCCCUGAGGGCGCUGCAGCUCCUGUUAGAACGAUGCAAGCGCCUUCGUCGGGUGAACUUGUCUUACCUGCGAAACGUGGGUCCUGGCGCCAUGCUGCGGUUCGCCACCUGCCUCACGGAAGUUACGCACCUCAACCUGUCCAUGACGCAGAUAAUUGACCAGAUGCUGGAGGUGAUCGGCCGCUACUGCCCACACCUUCGGGAGCUAGACGUCUCCAACACAGGCAUUACGGACUCUGCUCUCAUCCGCCUCUCCUACAACGAGAAGUACAAGGUACCACAGUGUCAGAAGCUGGAGCGGGUCAGUUUAACGGGGUGCCUCCUCUCCCCCGCCGGGCCAGCCUACCUCGUGCACUACCUGCCUCGCCUCUACUACAUUGAUUACGAGCAAAUGUUCCAGGUGUUCGAGGUGAUGCAAGACUGGGGAGUGACGAAGGAGAACAUGACCCUCUGUGACGCUUACCCCCUCCGUGUCCUGACCUCCACCUGUGACCACAUCGACCCAGCCUCCGUGGACGUGGCCUUGACCCUGUGCCCUAAGAUAAUGGACCUAACAAUCUCAAACGCAGUCAUAGAAAACGAGCUGCUGUACCAGACGAUGAGACUUGAACACCUGGCGCACCUCAGACUCACCAACUGCGAGGGCCUUACUUUGAGUUUCCACGAGGGGGUGCUGCCUGUCCUCACCCUGCGCGGACACGGCCUCAUCUCCCUGCUGCUGGCGAACUUCACCGUGGUAGACUUAGUGGCGAUAGGCGAAAGCUGCCCACGACUACAGAACCUUGCAUUUAGUGACAUUGCGAUCUACGAGGAUAUCAUGUACCCACGAGACAACCUUUUCAAUACCCUAAUUAACUUGGAGGUGUGGACUACCGUCAACACGGACACCUGCAGCGCCACCAUCCUCCGCCAGCUGCUGAGUCACGCCCCUGGCCUCACUAACUUGCUGGUGCGCGGGGCAGACGCUCUCUCCGACAAGCUGCUGCAGGAGCUCUGGGAGACGAACCCCAUGCCGCGGCUGUCGCGCUUCACGCUGGACUCGUGCCACAACGUCACCGCGGCGUCCAUCUUCCACCUACUGGACGCGGAGAACGACCUGACACUGGUGCGGCUGUGGAGUUGCUUCCUGCUCACCCGCCAGGACUCCCGCGACCUGCAGCACUACGCCGAGGCCAGGAACUACGACCUCUACCUCGAGUGGUACUGCUGGAACGGCUGAGUCACCCCCGCCGCCCUGCACCCGCUCCUCGCAGCCUCCCCCGGGCCGCCACCACGCCACCACACCCCCACCACGCCCGCCGCGCCCGCCAGGUCAGUCCUGGCGGCGCCGCUGAGUGGGGAGUCUGGUCUGCGCCGCGGGAGGAAGCGUCCGCGGCGGCAGAAGCCCUGCGCCCCGUCUGUCCGUCCGUCUGUGUGUGUGUGUCCGUGUGUGUGUGUGUGUGUGUGUGUGUGUGUGUGCGCGCAUCUGAGUUGUGACCGAACAUUGUGCUCGCUGUACAAAUGGUCAAGAAAAUCAAUGUAUGGAGAUGUUUAACAAAUAUAUAUCUCUCGUCACCUCACA